AGCGCAGUAUAUUUUGUUUGUCAAAAAUUAAAACCAAAACAUCUAUCACUGUUUCUAAGGAAAUUAAUUUUAAGUUUAGCAUCAUAUUUUGGCAACACUAUAUACAUAACCAGAAAGGAUGUUGUUGUGUUCUUGAAACUGGUGUAAAAUUUCAUUGUUUUUUUACUUAAUUCCUUUAUCUGAAUUUGAUUUCAAUUUUAUGUUUCGUUACUUCCAUAUUAAGUGUAUUACUUCAGAUUUAUUUAUAAUGGCCUGAAGUUUUGGUUUUCCUCUGCGUGUAGAAAAUGAGCAAAGAUACAUUCCUUUUCCGUAUUUCCUAACAGUUACUGGAUCACGCUUAGCCACCGGCAUUAGAAGUUGAUUGGCUGAGUGAAGCUGAGAGCCAGAAGUCAGAUGGUUGUGUUGUGACGUCACUUGUCGUGUAAUUCUUAUGUUAAUGAGAUAUUCAAGAUGGAGUACUCUAAAGUAGUCUAGCUAAUGUCGAGGAGAGUGAAGAGUUGUAAAUAUUUGAAUUUAUAUUCAAAAUAUGCCGAAAAGACUUAAUGGAGAAAUUCCUCUACCGGAUGGGUGGGAUGUGGGUCGGGAUUUUGACGGAAAAAUUUAUUUUAUCGACCAUAUCAAUAAGAAAACUACAUGGAUUGAUCCUCGCGACAGAUAUACAAAACCUCAGACAUUUGCUGACUGCGUUGGAGAUGAACUUCCAUUUGGAUGGGAAGAAUGUUUUGACAACCAAAUUGGCGUGUAUUACAUCGAUCAUAUUAAUCAGUCAAAUCAAAUAGAAGACCCUCGCCAACAAUGGAGACAACUCCAAGAAGCUAUGUUGAAAGAUUAUUUACUAACAGCACAAGAAGAUUUGCAGGCGAAGAAAGAAAUACUUGAUAUAAAGCAACAAAGGUUGUCUCUAGCACAAGAUGAAUAUCAUCAUCUUACUGCAGCUCUACAAGGAUUAAAUUCUUGCCCAUCAAAUAUCAGUUUAUGUUCUUCGGGAUCUGCAGCUUCCUCAACUAGUAGUUGUGCUACAAAAUUUGAUCCCGAUCUUUUAAAAGCAGACGUUGCUUUGGCUAAAGACAGAGUUGCAAGAUUAAAGCGAGAACUGGAACAAAUAAAAACUGAAAUGUAUUAUAAAGAACAAGGACUUGAAGCAUUAUCUCAAGUGGAUCAACAGUUUUCUGGCCAAUCAACAAGUUAUACUUUAGCUGAAGCACAAGCAAUCAUGGAGGAAUUACGUAAUAUUCAAAAGUCUCUUAAUUCAGGAGAAAAAGAAAAAGCAGAACUAAUGCAGAGUUUAUCAAGGUUGAAAGAUGAUCUAUCUCGUUUGCAACCUUCUCCAGAUGUAUCUACAUUUAAUAUUCCUUUAGAGAAGCUGAGUACGGCAUCUCAAACUGAUUUGUCUGGAGAGUUUGCCCCAAUCGGUGCAAGAUUAGCUGAAAUGGCUCGAAUGCGUUUACAGUACGAUGAAGCCCGUAAAGAAGUCCACAGAAUUCAACAAGACUUGGCUGAUCUAGAAGAAAAGAUGUCACCUGGCCAAACUGAAUCUGAUAAAGAUAGGCUGCUACUUAUUCAAGAAAAGGAGCAGCUUCUUCGAGAAUUGCGUAGUAUCAAUAUUAAAGGCCGAAGUGAAGGAGAGAAAAUGUCAAUCCAAGCUGAAAUAUGCAAAUUAGAGCAAGAACUAGAUAAUGCUAUGGAGAUGUCUAAUCGAGCAAUAGCAGAUAGGUUAAAACUGCAUGAACAAAAGAAUCUAUUGUUAAUACAGCUUAGGGACUCAAUGAGAGUCACAAUGUCUUUAGAAUCUCAAUUGAAAAGUCUAUCUGCUAGUACAUUGUCUGUGUCAUCCAGCAGCUCACUUGGGUCUCUAAGCACAGGAUCAUUGUCAGCUAGCAGUAAAGGCUCUCUGAGCAGCCUUAGCUUUACUGAUAUAUAUGGGCUUCCACAAUGUGCAGCUGACCCAUCUUUACAGGAUUUACAUAAACGUAUUGGGCAUUUAAUUCAUGGUGGUUCUCAAGUAAGUGGACCAGCAAACUUUGAUGAAACCGCCAUAUCACUUUCAAUUGGUCACAGUGUACCAUCUCUCUCACCUCGAUCAUCUUUAUCUUCAAUAUCACCUCCUGUUUCUCCGUAUGAAUAUGGCCCACCACCUAGCUAUGAACAGACUCAUCUUGAGAGAUUACAAAGACAGUUACCUAUGGGCAUUGAAGAUCAGCUGGCUGAUUUGAAACUGUCACCGUGUGCAGCUGAAAACUUGAGAACUGAACAAAAUUUAUUAAAUGAACAAAAAUUUCUUACAAGUAGCUUUUUAUGUAGUGAACAGAAUUUAAGGAAUGUGGGAGAAUCCUAUAAUGAUUCUCAUAGCAAUCCACCUUUAAGUCCAAUCUGUGAACUUGGAAGCGAUGAUCUUCAAACUUGUACAUAUUCAAGCUCAAACAAUCGUAGUGUCUCUGCUGCUGUUAGUGAUGAAUCUGUUGCGGGUGAUAGUGGAGUAUUUGAAGCUUCAAAUAAAAGGCUUAUUGAAGAUAGACUUGAUUUAAGUGAAAUGAAUCUAGAAACUGCACAAGUACAAGUUAAAUUAAGGUAUUCCUUUGAGGAUUCUUUGUUGCAUGUUGGUAUCGAGAGAGCUCGUAAUUUAUCUGCCUUAUCUGUACCUGAUCAUUGCAAAGUGUGCAUUAAAGUAGCUCUUUUACCAAUAUCCAGUGAAGAAUUGAAUACUUACACCACAGGCUCAUUUGAGAAUUUAAAUAAGCCUACAAUUGGAGAAACAUUUCGUUUCAAUAUUCCAGUUUCUAAAUUAUGCAUGAAAACUCUUCAAGUUAAUAUUUGGUCUAUUCAUAAUAGUACAGAGGAAGAGUGUUUGGGUAGUUCACAAGUGAGCUUAGCAGAUUUUUGUCCUGAAAACACAAUUGUUAAGUGGUACAAUGUUCUAAGUUUUAGGUUUAUGCAACCAGAUCCUUUACAGCAUGAAAAACCCCUCAAGCACAAAGAAACAGAUGUGAAUUUUGAGGUACCUGACCAUCUUCAAACAAAAACAUUUAUGUUUAAAGAAGAGAGUAGUGAUGAAUCUACCAUAAUAUCGUCUCAGACAUCAACUCUGACACGGAAUCAAGGUCCUGACAUGGUUAAAUGUGGUAUGGUACCUGAUGAUGAUGUUGACAGUGAUGGUGAAGAUGAUGAUGAGGGUGAUAUAGAUAUCAAUGAAGUUGGAAUUGUUCUACAGAAUUUGCAGGCCUGCAUGGACUGUGAAGCUGAGAGAUUGACACAAACGAGUAUAGAUGCUGCAAAAAUUCAGCUUUGUGACAAAGAAACCAACACUGAAUGUGUGUUUCUUCCUGAAAAGGCCUUAAAGAAAAGAUCAGAAGAUGCUGCAAAAAGUGCUGCUAUCAAAAGAUCACAAACAUUUUCUCCUAGUGCAGCUGUGAAUAAACAUCAAUACAUAUGUAGGUUGAAUCGAAGUGAUAGUGAUAGUUCAAUGCCUUUGUAUCGUAGAGGUGGUCCUUUCCAAAGGAAUUCUCUAGAACGCAGAAGUUUGAGGUGGAAAAAGCCUCCUGCAGCUUGUUCAAAACAUAGGGCUUCAAACUUCUUGAAGAAUACAACUGUAAGAACAUCAUUAGACCUUGCUUUAGACUUACAAGCUUUUCAGAGACGAUUAAGUCAGCAACAGGAGGAGAUAAAUAGACUAAAAGAACUAAAGCGAAGAUUAGAAGAAUCAAGACUAAAAGGUGAUUGUGAUGUUCCACAAUGGAUUUCAGAAAAUGAAAACUUGCAGUAUGCUUUAGCUGGAGUUAGUAAAGGAAUUGUAAAACCCAAUUCUGAAGAAAAGAAAAUUGAAAAAUUGUUAAAGAAAACUUCUAGAGAAAUUUAUAAGCUACGUAAGAGUCGUAAACAGCAACCAGAUGUUACUUCCUUCAGGGAAAAAAUGGCUUUUUUUACUCGUGUUAAUAUGACAAUACCUUUAUUGCCUGCCGAAGUUGGUUCAGAUACAAGUCAAAUAAAAAGAGAGAACUCACAAUUGAGGCCAAGUCAAACUGUGGAUGGAAAUAGGCAGCAAAGGUUUGAAUAUGUUGUUGAUCCAGAAUUUGGUGUUCAAGUUUAAAUCUAAAUACAGUAUUUAAUAUAAACUUUUUACUGUGCGCAAUAAUUGACUGCAUUUUUUGUAAGUGCCUUGGCACUUACUAAGAAAAUUCAUAUUUUUAAUGCUUCAUCUUGUUUUAUUUCAUUUGAACAUUAAGUCAUAUUACUGAGUGCCAACUAGCUACAGAAAACCAUCCUGGUUAGCAUGUAUAGUUAUAUUUUCGAGUUCUGGCUUGUUGAUUUUGAAAAUUUAUUAUCAAUUUGCUUAAGUCAUUCAAAAUCAGGUCCUUUACUAUGCCAAAUGAUUAUUGUUUUAAUAUUGUAUUCAUUUGCUUUUCGUAGCUUACAGAUAGCGACAAUCAAAAUAUCUACCUUGAUGUUGUAUUGAGAAAUCAUUCAUACUAUUAAAAAUUAAAAUAUUUAAGUGAAAAAUAUAUUUUCUUAAAAACUUGUUGAAUUUAUUGCAAAUCUCUGAAACUAAUGAAACAACAAAAUGCAUCUGGUGCUUUUUUACAAUAUGCCAUAAAGUGCUUUGGACUCAAGAAAUGUUACAUUCUGUGAUUUCUGUACCUAUACAUUACUUGUAGUCUUAAGCUAAUGUAAUUUAUUUUCUGUAGAGAGUGUUAUAUUUUUGUAGUAGGAGUAAAUCUAAGAAUUUGACACUUGUUGUGAUGACAAAAUUUUGACGUAAAUUUAGUGACAAUUAUUUAUUACCAACACUAUUUAUUUCUGCUUGUGCAUAUCUGUAUUUAUUUUUGUAUGAGUUGUUAAAAUUGCUAUUGCUACAGUUGUAAAAAUAGCACAAACCUUUUUAUGUUUCACUAAAUCACAUACCAAAUUUUGUUUCUUUUUAUAUGCAUUUACAUGUGUCCGGCUGAUUAACAAAAAAGCAAAUCUUUAUUUUAAGACUUAUCCAAGUCUAUAGAUUCUUUUCUUCCUGUUACUUUCUUUUAGUACGCUGUUACUGUGAAAUUUUGUAACCUGCUUUUAUAUAUCAUGAAUUUUGUGUCACCUAAUGUUGUCAGAAAAUUUGACCAUUUUGUUGUUGAAAGGAUUAAUUUCGUCGUUAAAAUUUGGCAAAAAAAAAAUUCAAGGGGGCAAGUUGUCAACAUUUUUUGUCAAAUAUUUAAAAACAUAAAAAAAAGCACAAUUUUUUUAGAAAAAAUAAACAAUAAAUAUUUUUAGGUGACAGUUGAAAUUGUUUUUAGAAAAGUCCUGAGAAAAAUUAUAAUUGAAAAAAAGACGAUAAAUCUCUGAUUUAGACUGAAAACUUUAUGAACUAAAUUAAAUUUUUGACUGAAACCAUUAAACUUAUAUGAGAUACCUAGUAUAAAUAAAGUAUUUGCUAUAAGUUGAGGUGUGAAAACUACUUAAUUUUUGUACUCUUAACAUGCCAUGUCUUGCAUGUAAUUAAUGAACCUCAUUUAAUUUAACACAACUUUGUUAGAUCUCAAGGUGUCUCAACAAUAAAUUUAAUAAUAUUUAUUAUCCUGAAAAAUAAGACCAUUUUAUUAUUACUUUUUCUAAUUUUAUUGUUUUAAAAUUUUUUCAUUUUAAACAUGUUUAGGAUUUUAUUGCAAAGUUUUUAAUUAUUACAUCUUUUGAUUCAGCUUUUUCUAUUAAGUUUAGAAUUGAAGUUGACACCAUUUCUAAUAGGCUUGUUGUCUCAUUUAAAUGUUAAAAAACAUAAUUAUCUCAUUUAAAUGUUUUCAUUCAAUGUCAUUUUUUGUAGCUUCUGCUUUGAAAACGUUUGUUUUUGUCGUUUUUCUGAGCUUAUGUUUUUAAAUUUGUUGUUUCAUUUUGUAUAGUACAAAAUAACAAGACAAUAAGAAAUAUGAAUUGUCAUGUCUCUCAGGUUUCGCAUGUGAGAUUCAUUUGACUGUCGUAAACAAAGAGGUGAAGCAAGUAGGAAAGGUGUUUUUAUUUUCAGAAAUAACGUUUUUUAUUACAAGUGUUUUGAUACAUAGAAUGAAGUGUUUUGUACUGAAAAGACUUAUACUCUAAAUGUUUUUCUUUUGACUGUUAAUUGGCAAUGAAAACAUAAUUUAUUUUGGCUGAAAAUACUAUAAAUGAGUAUUUCUUUUUUAAAAAAAUUAAUAAUGGCUGUUUUUCAGUCAUCUCAAAUGAACUUAAUGGUUCAUUAGUUUUGUUGGUUAAUGUUUCAUUAGUUUUGUUUAGUUGGUGAGUGUUUAGUUUUGUUGUGAUUUAUAAUAAAUUCAUAAUGAAGCAAGAUUUAAAACUUGAGUUUUAACUUUGACAACUUAAUUAUGUUAAAAAAUUGACUUAAUAAUAGUUUACUAUAAAAUUUAUUUAUUUAUUUGUGUAAUUGCCCCUUGCUAAACCAGUAUGUCCAUUCUUAGCAUAAUUUAAAUUUAAAAAAAAAAAAAUUAUAAUGUAAAGAUAUCUAUUAAGAGGUUAAGCCACUUUUUCCACUGUAAAAAUAAACAUAUUUUAGAAAGAAAAUUUCAGCAAGACUGUACAAUUUUUCCAAUUUCUUUAAAAAAAAAAAGUCUCUUGUAUUAUACAAUCAGUGAACUCUUAAAACUAAUUUUUCAAAAGCACCGCAAAACAAAUGGCUACUUUACAUUUUUUUCUUUUUCUUUAAGGAAGAGUUCUUUUGUAGGGACUGUAGCACUUGCAAUUCUUAUGUUGAGCUGAAAAACAAAUUGCAGUAGAACCUGAAUUUAAAGCUGGGUGCUGCUUUUAAAAUACUACUUACUACUUUAUGGCCUAAUCAUUUUGUGGGAUUUUUUGUUGCUACUUUUGCUAAGUCUGUUGCAUCUUAUUUUUGUUAAAUUUCACGAUUAUAUAAAAUUAUCUUAUUUUGUUAUAUUAUUCCAAAGAUCUUAGAAUUUUCUUUAAAAGAACAAUAUUAAGCCCUCUUCUGUAUUUAGUGUCCAGUAUUCACUGUUCUAAAGUGAAACAGGUCUUGAAUAGGCUUAUUUUAGUUUUUAUGCUAAUUAAUUUUGAUUUAAGUUGGUUUCUAAAGCUAAAUUUAGUUAUGUCUAAUAGUCAGACCUGUCUAGAUUGCUGUCUCACGCAAAACAAAUGUUUAGACAACCUGUUUUGUUUUCCUGGUGAUAUCUAUAUCUCCAGCAAAAACCAGUUGUUAAAUUCAGAGGUUCUUUUAACCUUUUCCAGACCUUAUUUAAACAUUUUUAAGUUAUUCUUCUGAGGGUUAUAAUUUUCUUGGAGGGUUUAAGUUCCAAAAUAGCUUCUAGUAGUUUCUAUCCGUUUAUAUUGUAUGCAGCUUUAAAGUCAGUGAACAGGUCAUGUGAUAGUUUGUUAGAUCUGACUGAUACAACAAUGGAGAAUGAAAACAGCUUAAGGUUUAGUUUAAUAUUGUAUAAAUUUAAUUUUCAAUUUAAAAAAGUGUAGUUUAUUUGAAUCUUAAAUCAAAAUUGUAAUUAUAACAAUUAGAAAUAUUUCUUUUUCUUUUCAUCAUGAUUCUUUAAAAAUGAAAAUCUAGCAACAUUCUCCAAAAAAUGCAAGUUUGAACAAAAUUCUGGCAACUUAUUGUGUAUUUUCGGUCUCUCUUCUCUAUGAGCAUAAUGUAGUGGCUUUAAUAUAUAUAUACCUUAGCGAUAAAAUAACUUGAGCUGUUAUUGGGCUAACAUUCAUGAAUCUUGUCUCAAUAAGUUUUCAGAGAACCAUUAUUUUCCAAUAUUUGUUCUGUAUAGAAUUGUCAGAUUCACCUGAUAUUUAAUAUUCUUUAUUCAGCCAAUAUCGAAACUAUAUUAGCCAUACAUAGUCUCUUACUGACCCCUAUAUAAGAGCAAUAGUGAAAAAUCUAGACACCCCUAUAUUGGUCCUUUGGUGCAUGUAUAGGACCCAUAGUGAGCUAAUUUUGAGCCUAACUGGGGCUAUGGAAAAAUUGCUGCUAGGGUAUAUGUAUACAGUUAAGUCUCAAUAAUUCGAGGUGGACGGGACCAAGUCUACCUCGAUCUUUUGAAAACUUAAGAUUUCAUAAAUGAAAACAAUGCAAUUGAUGAAUUUCAGUAUUUAAUAUUAGUACUAUCUGCCCAGUUAAUUUGUUUUGAUUAAGCUUUUUUAAUUAACUAAUUCAGCAUCAUAAUGAAUUGGUGAAUGCUUUUCUACUCUUUCAUCUGUAUAACUUGUAGUUUGCAACAUACUAUGAGUGUGUCAAUUUCUUUUUUGUUAACUCUGUGGCGUAACUACCACUGCGAAAAUUAAACAUCAAUUCACUGGUAUCUAAGACAUGCUAACUUGAUUCAAUCACGAGGCACCUUUUGAUAGAUGAAGGUUGGCAUGGUCGUUAACUCCGCCCCCACAACUCUAACCUAAGUAGAAUUUUAAAAUGUUGAUAUAAUUUUAAUAUAACUUUUUUCAUAUCUCUGGUAAUUGUGCAGUUUUUAUUUUUUGUAUUCUUUUUUCAUACAGGUUUCUUUUGAUAUUUACCAAUUGAUGGAUUUUCUUGUUUUUUUUUGUGACUAAAGAUUUUCAGUUUCAUUCAGAGUGAUUUCUUUCAUUCUCCAGCGUAAUUUUUCUGAGUCAUUAAUUCAUAUGUCUCAUUCUACUUCUCUGUUAUCACAAGACAUUUCUUAUUUAACUAUUCAUUAUGUUUCUUUUCUAUUCUGGUAUUUUCUCAACUGCAUUAGAGAUAAUUUAAGAUUAUGACAAGCAUUUGUUACGCCCGUUGGCACGAUUUUCUUUUGAGUCUCUUUGUUUUGCAGUUUUUUCUUGUACCUUUUAAAAGUCUUAACUUUUUUCAGUUAUUCAUUAUCAAUCCUUUUUGAUUUUUGUUCUGUUUUUAUUGAAAGAUCUAAUGUUCUUGUAGCAGGUACUAGAAUUAUUAAAAAUCAUAAUCCACAUUUGCUUUUUCGUAAGUAUGUCCCAAAGAGCCUGAAUUUCAAGUCCAUGAGCUAUUGAUUAAUUUGGCUUUGUGGCAUUGAGCAAUUUCAACAUUAUUCUUUAUGCUAUUAUGUUAAAAUUCUGUGCUCAUACUCAUUAUAUUACUUGAGAUUGAUCAAGUCCACUAUUUAACACUAGUUUAAUUGCUUGCUCAAAUCUUUGUGAAAAUGUGCAUGUACUACUUAAAAAGUUGCCUUCUUUAUCUCCUUAAAUUGCUAUUGGACUACCAUCAGCAUCAUACUUAUUUAUUAAAUUCUUAUUGUCUUUUAUGAUCUGUUACAUGUGACUGAAAAAGUUGUCCCAAAAAUUUAUUCCUGAUUUUAGAUUUUUUUUUGUUGUUAAGAAAUUGUAACAUCUUAAUUUCUAAGUGACUGGAUGCUGAAAUGCUGUCAAUACUCAGAAACAGAUAAUUUGGUGCUCAUUUAUAGGAUUAAGAGUAAAUAAAUAAAUAAAAAUUCAAGAUUAGAAAUUCAAUUAACUUUUAUGUUAUAUGGAAUAAGUUUAUUAUAUGUAUAUUAAAUACUCAUUUGUGGAAAUUUAGAAUUAUUUCUUUUAAAAUUCAAUAUCAUUACUAAAAGUUACGAUAAAUUGCUAAAGAAUGGAUUUACCAGGCAAUUAGUGAAUAAAUGGAUUCAUUUUUACAUAUUAGUCCUUUUUUAAUUAUAGAACAUCUGCUUUUUUUUUAUUCCUUUUAAUAUCCUUCUUCCUCUCAUUACAAUACCAUAACUGAGGCAGCUUUCUGUACCACCCAUAUGCUUCUGUGCCUAAAGAAUCCCUCCAAUUAUAAAUUUGGAAUGAUGUAUUGAAAAUUUAAGAUGCUGAGUAUUUUUAAAAAGUUAAUUAAACACAGUUUUCACAUUUAAAACUGAAAGUUGUUGAAAAUUUUUUGUAUAUUUUUCAAUUAAGCAUUUAGACCUUUGUUAAGAGUACUAGCAGAAAUAUUAUGAUUGCUUAAUUUUCUGAGAAGUUAAAGUAUUAAAUUAGCAAUCUUUAUUUGAAUUGUAGGGUAUGUGGAUGGUUAGGUCUUAAUUUCUAAUUAAUAUUUCCAGAAUUUGUUUAAGAAUCUCUUAUUUUAUGUUUCUAAACAGAGAUUCUUGUAAUUUUUUGUGCAAUAUUUAAGUUUUUGUUUGUUCUGAAAACUAAAAAAAAGUAUCUGAUAUUGUUCUCACUAUUCUAUUAGCUUUUCAUAUCUACCUGAAAUUUAAAUCUGGACCUAAUGUCUAACAGAAAAGCAUUACAAUAAAAUCAAAAAUUUAAAUAAUUAAAGCAGAAUCAGUGAUUUUAAUUUGAACACACUUUCAGACAUGCACGCAUGCUCCUUUCACAAAUAUAUAAUUUAUAUAAACGUAAAUAUGGCAAGAAUAAAGUAAUUAAUAUAAUUGAGUCUUUUCUAAAGGUGUAUAUCUGUUAUUUCUGUCAUUGCUACAAAUACUCAUUUAAUUUUUGUUUUGUUCACUGUGUUCAAAGUUAAAAUUCAUAUGUUCACUUUAAAUAUAAGAUUGCUUAUACAUAUGAUAUACAAAACUUGUAAAUAGUAUAUCUAUGAAUCAUUUAAGAAUUAACAUGUUAAAUGUGCCUUUUAAAAAGCAUAAAUAUGUUUAAUAUGCCUUUUUAAUAACAAAUAAAGUAUGCCUUUUUGUUUGUAUCUAAUCUAAAUUUUACAUAUUAGUUAAGAAAGAUAUUUCCAUAAAGAAAUGAAACUGGAAAAACUAGAAGAAAAACAUGAAGAAUCAUUUCUUAAGAAAGAUAUUUCCACUUUUUUUCCCCUUCAGGUUUUUGAAUUAAAAACUAAAUUUUUGUUGCAGAGACUUUAGAUUUAUCAGAAUUUUCAAUGUUUGAUUCUACAAAAAAAUUUUAAUAUAUAAAAUAUUUAUAAUCUAAAUAUCUUUGUGUUUUUUUAGCUGUUGAUUUUAAUAAUAAUUUAUAAAACUUAUGAUGGGUGUGGUAUAUAUGUUAGUUAUAAGAUACUGCUUAUAUUUGUCUUCCAUUUUUAUUAAAUUCUCACUUGGUUUUGUUAUUCUUGGAAUUGUUAUUUAAGUAAUUGGUGUUUGAACAAUUUUCUAUUGGAUAAUAUUUUAUGAGUAAUAUUUUUUUCUUUACCACAAAAAACAAAUAUCUUCACCUAUAAAUUUAACUCAAGAUGUUGAAUUCUGGGUGUUUCAUUUUUGUCAUGAUGUACCAGUGUUGUUAUGCUAUGUUUCAUAAUUUAUAUUUUACCUUAUUUAUUUAUUAUCGUGAGAGUGCAAUAGGAAAAUUGUUUUUAUGUGCACUUGCAGAAGUCUUAUAUUUUCAUGCAAUAAUUUUAAAAAAAUGGUCUUGAAACAAAUGCUGAGUUUUAA